AUGGCGCCUGCGAAGAAACCCCGUGGAAGACCGGCGACGAAUAAAGUUACGAAGCCAGCCCCGAAGCCCACGCGUCGCUCAAAUGACAAACUUGCGGCCGCCGUCGCUGCUGCCCGCGAAAGCGAGGAUGAUGUCGACAAGCUAGGGAAAGAGGGGGGCAAAGUUUCCAAGAGGGGCCGAAAAGCCAAGCAGAAGGAAGAUGACGGUCAUGUAGAUGACAAAGAGGAAGACGACGCCCCAUUCACAUCGGCGAAUGCUGCUAAACCCAGAGGCCGACCGAAAAUGAAGUCUGCUGGGGAAGAGGCGGUUGAAGAAGUACCGGAGUCCGCUGUCAAUGCCCACAAGACGACAGCCAAACGCGGGCGUCGCGCGGGAAGCAAAUCAAUGCGAAAUGACGAUUCCGAAAUCCCAGAGACACAGCCGGCGGCAGAUAUGGAUGUUGAUACCGAGCAAGACAAUCAAUCCGAUAUUCUGCCCACGCUGAAGCAUCCUGCUCGGCGCGAUGCUAGGCCAGGAAUCAGCACCGACUUGGAGAUGGGAGAGGUGCAGUUGCGCCGACGACUAGGGGAGGCGAACAGAAAAUACGAAAACUUAGAGCAAAAGUAUUGCGACCUACGAGACAUUGGCAUUAAGACGGCCGAACGCAACUUUGAUAUGUUCAAGAAAGAGAGCGAUGAACGGGCAAAGACUGCGACCGAACUCAUCAGCCAUCUUAAGGCUGAUUUGACGACGCAACGGACCUUGGCUAAGGAGGGACAGGUUUACAAGACAAGACUCGAGGAGAUGGAGGCCAAGGUAGCAGACUUGGCAGCAUCCUUAGCCGAAGCGAAGCAAGAGGCGAAGACACUAUCAACGAAAUUAGCUGCGAGUAGGUCGGCGGAGGCCGCAGCUACAGCAGUCACUGCCAAGGUCCCAGGAAGCGCAAUCAAGGGCGGGACGGCAGCCGCUCGGGCUCUGGCUACUGCGAGCACAGAGGCGGCACAAACAGCUCAGCUGAAGGAGGACCUCUACGGCGAUCUGACGGGGUUGAUUGUGAGGGUGGUCAAGCGUGACUCGACGGGCCAGGUCUUUGACUGCAUUCAAACGGGACGAAACGGAACACUUCACUUCAAGCUUGAAGUCGAAACUGAUACAUCGGGCGACAACUACGAAGAAGCUCAUUUCACGUACAAGCCACAACUAGACUCUAAUCGGGACCGAGACCUGAUCGAUCUGCUUCCCGACUUUCUGGCUGAGGAGAUUGAAUUCUCUCGGCCACACGCUGCCAAGUUCUAUUCGCGGGUUACGAAGUCGUUGAUGGAUUGA